AUGGGGAAAAAACCAAAUGGCUGGAGAAGUAUGGUUAAAAUUAUUUAUGAAAAAACACAUCCAAGUCUCUGUUUGCGGUCUCCUCAAGCUACGAGUUUGAGUCGUGCUACCAGCUUUAACAAGGUCAAUGUUAAUUUGUUUUUUGAAAAUUAUACUAAUGUUUUAAACAAGCAUGGAUUUAACGCUGUCGACAUCUGGAAUAUGGAUGAAACUGGUGUUACCACAGUUCAAACACCAAAUAGAGUGAUAGCUCGAAAGGGAGCAAAACAAGUUAGUGCCAUGACAUCGGCAGAACGAGGCACGUUGGUUACACUUGCUCUUGCUGUGAAUGCUAUAGGAAAUAGUAUUCCACCUAUGUUCAUUUUCCCUCAAAAACGUUUCCAAGAUCAUUUUAUACGUGACGGUCCAAUUGGGUGCAUUGGAACUGGAAAUGUUUCAGGUUGGAUGGUAGAAGAAGACUUUUAUAAAUUCCUGCAACAUUUUAAAAACCAUGUUAGGCCUUCCUCCAAACAUAAAGUAUUGAUGAUACUUGACAAUCAUAAUUCUCAUAUGGCUGUGAAAAAUAUAGAAUAUUGCAAGCAAAAUGGAAUAAUUUUAUUGACAUUUUUUCCACACUGCACCCACAAAUUGCAGCCAUUGGACCGUGCUGUUUUUGGCCCUUUAAAAAAAGCUAUUAAUACUUCUUGCGACAAUUGGAUGCGUUCAAAUCCAGGAAAAGUCAUGACUAUUUACGACAUUCCUAGAAUCGUGAAAACGUCGUUUGAAAUAGCAAUAACAACAAAAAAUAUAACUUCAGGAUUUUCUGCAUGUGGAAUCUGGCCUGUUAAUACAGCAAUCUUUACAGAGCAAGAUUUUCUACCAAGUCAAGUUACAGACCGUCCUUUGAAUAAUUCAGGGAUAGAGGCAACACUUAACCGACAAAGUUUCUCUACAUCAGCUGAGAUUAAUACUCCUUCAACAUCAACUUCUAUUGCAGUGACUGAUAUUGAUAGAGUUGCAACAGUGAAAGAAUUUAUUUCUUCUGUUUCAAAUGCAUCUUGUUCAUCAAAUACUGCAGAAAAAGUAUUUUCACCUGAAGUUAUCAGACCGCUGCCUAAAGCUUCACCAAGAAAGGGCACUCAAAAUAGAAAAAAAAUCAAAUCGGCUAUUCUGACAAAUACUCCUGUCAAAGAAGAAUUAGCACAAAUACAAGCUAAAAGAAAUCUUAAAAAAAUUAAAAAGAGAGUAUUUGAUGGAGAACAAAAACCAACUAGCAAAAACAAGCAAUUAAAAUCUGCCCAAAACAAUAGAACUGAGAAUGAUGACACUGAAGAUUGUUUCUGUUUAUGUUGUUUGGAAUCAUUUUCAAACA